AUGCCUGUCCGGAUCAUGUGCACCAUCUCUUUCUCAGCUGACGACGAGCCCGGCGGGGGUUCUGGAAAGGGUGGCUUCGAUGAACAUUACCAGCGGGUGAGGAAAGGGUGCAGCAACGGCAGCUCGCGGGACUACUUGGAACAAUGCGACGAGCUGGACGCUUACAACGACAACAGCGAAGAAGAUGAUGUGAGCCCGGUGGACGACCUGGCCACAUUCUUCGGCGGCUGCUCGCUCCACGGUGCUAACCAUGUCUUCGUGGAGGACAAGAAGUUUGGCUUCCGCCAGGGCCUGUGGGCGCUGGUGUUCACCCUGGCGCUGUCUGCCUUCCUCUUCCAGGUGGUCGACAGGGUGCUCUACUACCUGCAGUACGACCACGUGACCAUGCUGGACGAGAGGGUGGCCGACAACAUGACCUUCCCAGCAGUCACCUUCUGCAACUACAACACUUUCAGGAGGUCCCAGGUUAGUUACAGCGACCUGAUCUUCACGGGCCCCUUGCUGGGUUACGAAGACAACAUGGCCCCGGGGUUCCCGCUGGCCCCGGAGCCUGACCGCGCCCCAGGCUCCCGUUUCAGCCUGGCCGAGUUCUUCAACCGCACCCGGCACCGCAUAGAGGACAUGCUGCUGGAGUGCGACUUCAGAGGCUUGGAGUGCGGCCCUGAGAAUUUCCGAGAGAUAUUUACACGGUACGGGAAAUGCUACACCUUCAACUCGGGCCAAGAUGGACGCCCCCUACUGGUAACGAUGAAGGGCGGAAUGGGCAACGGCCUGGAGCUGAUGUUGGACAUCCAGCAGGACGAGUACCUGCCCGUCUGGGGAGAAACUGACGAGACGUCCUUUGAAGCGGGAAUCAAGGUUCAGAUCCACACCCAGGAGGAGCCGCCCUUCAUCGACCAGCUCGGCUUCGGCGUGGCACCUGGAUUCCAGACCUUUGUCUCUUGUCAGGAGCAACGGCUCACCUACCUGCCCCCGCCGUGGGGGGACUGCAAGGCGACUCCCAUGGACUCCGACUUCUUCAGCGCCUACAGCAUCACGGCCUGUCGCAUCGACUGCGAGACUCGCUAUCUGGUGGAAAACUGCAACUGCAGGAUGGUGCACAUGCCCGGUGAUGCCCCGUACUGCACCCCGGAGCAGUACAAAGAGUGUGCUGAUCCCGCCCUCGACUUCCUGGUGGAGAGAGACAACGACUACUGUGUGUGCGAGACUCCGUGCAACCUGACGCGCUACGGCAAAGAGAUGUCUUUUGUCAAGAUCCCCAGCAAAGCCUCCGCCAAGUAUCUGGCCAAGAAAUUCAACAAGACGGAGCAGUACAUCGCCGAUAACAUUCUGGUGCUGGAUAUCUUCUUCGAAGCCCUCAACUACGAGACCAUCGAGCAGAAGAAGGCCUACGAGCUGGCGGGGCUUCUGGGUGACAUCGGAGGGCAGAUGGGCCUCUUCAUCGGUGCCAGCAUCCUCACCAUCCUCGAGCUCUUUGACUACCUGUACGAGGUUAUCAAGUACAAACUGUGUCGAUGCUCGAAGAAGAAGCACAAACGCAACAACAACAACGACCGGGGAGCCGUGUUGAGCCUGGAUGACGUGAAACGCCAUGCUCCAUGUGAGAAUCUGCGCACUCCAUCCACGUAUCCUGCCAACAUGCUACCUCAUCACCCCGGCCAGGGCAACUUUGAGGACUUCACGUGCUGA